UAUCAACUUUGAACCAUGCGCAGCUCACCUUUGGUACCAUUGGAUUUAACUUGCUGAGAAUGAUGUUACCCCACGAUGUUACAGAUCAUGCAGAAGCUAAGAGGCCAGAUUCCACUGAGCCUCAUAGGCCAGGAGGGAUUCUACUCUUUGGCUAUCUACGUAAGCUCAAGCGAAUGAAGAAAAAAUACUUCAUUUUAACAGCUGGCAGUGAAACCAGUCCUGCUCGACUAGAAUAUUUUGAUUCAGAGAAAAAAUGGAAGAACGGCCAAACAGCAAAAAGGUCAAUUGUCAUCAAGUCAUGCUUUAACAUUAAUAGGAAGACCGACUGCAAACAUAAGUUUGUGGUUGCCCUCUACACCAACGAAGACUGCUUUCCAAUUGCCUUUGAUUCUGAGGAAGAGUUACUAAAAUGGUUCAUCACCUUACUCAAAAUUCAUCUUGUGGGCAAGAUUGAAGAAGGAGAUGAGCUGAAACCUAUUUACGAACAUGUGUGGCAGGUGACGGUACAACGGAAGGAGUUAGGCAGCCGAAAAAACAUCGUGGGCCCCUAUCGUCUAUGUUUGAACACAACCUCACGAAUUCUGACUCUCUUCAAGAUGCCACUAAGCCUUCCACUGGAACUCUGGGAAUUUCCAGUGAUGACGAUCCGUCGUUGCGGCCACAUCAAUUGUCAGUUUUUCAUGGAAAUGGGUCGUGGAACGAUGACGGGGGCUGGUGAACUCUGGAUGGAGCUGGAAGAAGCGGCUGUCGCCCAAAAUGUACACGGAGCUAUCAUCGAGGCCAUGAGAAAUUCUGCAAAAGAAGAUUUAGGACCGAGGCCAAGGACAAGGUCGUCUUCCGCCAACGAGCAAAAUCGACCGUCGCUGCAGCACUCCUGGAAUCCCACCGCUGCCUCCGCCGCCCCAGUAUCAACAGCGAUCGGACUGGCCCGGAAUCGAGCGGACAGCGUACCUUCCAGAUCGAGAACGACAAGUGAAAGCGCCGUUGUUACCCCGACACAUGACAGUCGACCAUCUUCUGUUCUGUACGCCCAAGAAGGAUCCUCAACAUCACCUCCCAUGGCCGCCAAGUCCAUACCUUCUUCGUAUUCCAUGGAGGACUUUGAAGCUCCCCUUCAUCCGGUGAGCAAUCACAUACGUAGCCGUCUCAGUCACACGGCCACGCCUGAAAAUAGUUUACCCAAGGAGUCAACGAUCCUGGAAGAAGAUAGAAGCGAUGGCUAUUUGCUGAUGUCUCAUGGAGAACAAGCUCCCCCGUCCUCGGAUUACUUGUCCAUGACGCCUAGAGGCAAUUUAUCGUCUUCGCCGAGUUCUGCUAUGGGACACACACGGGCCCUUUCCCUUUCCAAUACCUCAGUCCGAGGCGGAUAUAAGAACAGGGUUACGCCCGUGCCAUCGGGCGCACCGCCAAUCAAGCCGCCGCUUCACCCUCAAAAUCCUUAUAUGGAUAUGUCGAGCCCGGUGACGACAUCGACUUGGGCGUCGCCUCCUCCUCCUAGCGCUCAAGAUGGUUAUCUGCCCAUGUAUCCAUCCGGAAGCGCACCUGGCUCGGUUGGAACCCGUUCUGGAACUCAUACUCGAUCCAGCAGUUUCUGUGAUGAACCGGUGGAAAGUUACGUGCCCAUGGCGCCGCAAAGUGUGGCCAGUUCGGUGACGUCACGAGAUGAAGAUGGGGGCUUGUACAUGGAUAUGCAGUGUAGACGUAGUGUUCCAAGAGACCCCCAUCAUCUUCGCGGUCGACUUAGUCCGGCCAGCGGUAGUUCAUUAGCCAGCUCUUUUACUUCAGGGACGCCCCCUGUCGGUCGGUUCCAAGAAUAUCACCUGGAAAAGGUGUCCUCCUUUCUGACGCCAUCGGAAGACGACGAUUCUCUGUCCUCGCUGAGUUGCAGACAGUCCCGAGCCUAUUCGGUCGGUUCCCGUCCAGAUAUCAGGGGGCGAAAAAUGACGCCCGUCACUCACGAUCAACCACCUCCUACUGCGGUCACUGCAGCUCCACCUAUGGGUUACACAACCACUGGCCAUCCAACUUCAGCCAGUCAGGAUGCCAGAGUGAGGGCGUAUUCCGUUGGAAGUCGGGUGACGCCUGGUAAUAACAAACUAUCGGCCUCAAGCAACGGUUCAUCUUCAUCCGUCAGCUCAUCUCGCCACGAGCUGGAACCAUCAACCAAUCUCGUUCAUCCGAGCCCUACACAUGGCCACCAGCAGCAACCGGAUGAAAGUCAACGUAAAAAGUCAUUGAGCGUGCCCUAUUUAGGCACUUCGACGCCUGCCGGAUCGGUUGCAAACAUCCCUUACGCCGGAUCAAAUCCGACUGGGACUUUUUUCCGCACUCUAUUGAGUCAGCAACAGACGGCCGUUCGUCGGGAAAACGAUUUGAUGGAAAUAGAAUAUGCUCGGGCUUUGAGCGGCCUUAAUGUCAGCUCUGAGAGUUUCUUAGGAAUCGACCAGGUCGAUUGCGCUGCAGCCUGUUCUUAUACUGGACAAUUCGGAUCGUCCGACAGUGUGGGCCGCUCGUCUGUCGCCUCAACAAAUUCCAGCACGACCGGCGCUGGCGGGCGGCCACGAUCGGCUUCUAAUCAGUUUCGCCCCUCUUUCGGUUCCAAUCGCAGUAUUGUCUCUGGCAAACCGAAAUUAGAUUCUUUCCGAUCUAGGGAAGGAAGGGCGCGACUUGAACGGCUGGAGAGCGUACCGCAGGGCCGCGAUCAAGAUUACAUCGAGUACGGCGAGAGCCGUCAACACCUCAGAGGACUUGAAUCACCGGAUGUCAGUGGCCCAAAAAUCGUCAACAAGACGGAACAUGAUCAAGACAGCGCCGACGAAUAUGUUGAAUUGGCAAACCCUGCCAGUAGAUCGAGUGACGUUCGCUUGUCGGUCUCCGAAUCGGAACAAAUUGGCAGAGUCGUCUCCCCCGGAAGCGAUUACAUGACCAUGGACGGAUCGAAGAACAAAAUGGUUGGUUCUAUGAGCACUGUUUUCUGUCGAAUAGGUCAAGAUCCUUCAUCCAGCUACAUCGAUAUGAACUUCCAAAAUAAACGGACCCCAUCGCAAACGGGGUCCGUAUCCGAUGAGUUUACCUAUCUGCCUAUGGACUAUACACCUAGGUCUUCUAGGAACCCAUCUAGGCAAUCAUCUCAGGCUGAUUUGAUUUUAGCACUCGGAGCUGUGUCGCCCUCUAUUAGGGGCUCGCAAACCCCACGGUCAGAAUCUGCUCGGCAUUCGCGAACGGAAGAAAGUUUGCAAGAACAGAACUACAUGGAAAUGACGUGCGAUAAUCCGAUAGGUGCAUCUCAAAGUCUUCUUCAUGCGGACAAAUCAGUCCGUUCUCGCAUUCCCAGUCCGUACGAUGGUUCACAGACGGACUCUGAAGUUCAAUGCGCCGUGUCAGCGAAAGGCAGCGGCAAAAAAUCGGCUUUCCUAUCCAAUUUAUUUGGGCGCAAAUCUUUCAGUGCAGGAAAAUCAACUACGUCCCCAACCGCCGUGACUCCAGCAGAGAGCGGUACGUUGCCUAGGUCCUCCAGAAGUAUGCCGCCAAGUCCGUUCUCGUCACUGAAAAGGCCUAGCAAAUCCACCAAGUCAAAACGAACCACAACAGCGGGAUCGAUCGCCCAAUCACUUUCACCCGUCUCGCCCGAUGUUGACUUAUCGGCAGCUUUGUUGUUCCAUCAACGCAGUCAAAGUUUGCGGUCGCAUUCGAUUGGCCACUCCCGCAGCAGCUUGCAUAGCCCACUAACUCCACCCAGUCCAUCUGCGGAUUUUUCAAUGGUACAUCCGCAGUUUUCACCCCCGUCGCCGUCCGUAGCCCUUUCGUCCAAACCAGGCAGUUCGCAGCCGAUCAGCAUCUCUUCUCAAAGACAAAUUUACACUCCACGGGGCUCCCCGCACACUGGACUCACUGCCCUUAAUUUGAACCGCGUGCCCGAUGCGGAUGAAUACGUUCUCCAUCACACGAGGUACUCCGCCAGUCCCAGUCGGCUCAUGCCCAUGCCGACUUUAUCACCUUUGCCGGAGGUUUUCCUCAAUACCGUGCCGCCAAUAUCUAAAACUGAGAAGGCGGGCAACCGAAAUUCUACGGCAGGAACAAGUCACGAUGGAUACAUGAAUAUGGAUUUUGGGACGAACAAGUCGUCGUCUACCAACAUUCAGCAGCCUAGGUUCACCUUUGAAGAGUUGCCCGGCUCUGGUGAGGUAACCCCCACCAUGCCCAGUACUCCAAGAGCCGAAACUAGCUUACCGGUUCGGAUACCUUCAAAAGGGAACGACGAUAAAGAAAAUUCAGUCGUGUCGCAGCAAGCCAACUUGAUGGUCGACCCAGAAACGCCCAUUUCAUCAUUAGGCAAUGGAACAUCGACAUCCGCAACACCUACCAACUCCAUUCCAACUAAACAAAGAGCCAACAGUUUGGAAAAGAUCGUCGGUGCAUUCGAGAAGGCCAUUAUUGGCCCAAAACGACACAGUAGUGGAGACAAACCAAUGAAACGUUCCAGUGGUACACUAAUCCACAGAUCCAACAGUUAUCAACCAUCGUCAGCGAGUCGCGUAAUUAUUGCAGGCAGCAAGCCAGCAUCGCUCUUUCCUUUGCUGAUGGACAUCCCAGCUGGAAAAGUGAUGUCGGUUUCGACUAAAGAUAGUCAGAAUGGCAAGAAUACGAAAUGUCUAGCUGGUCAAAAUUCAACUGGGUCGGCGAACCGUAUGUCGACGUCUUCAUUAAUCAGUUUAGGCGAGGACUCGGUAGCUGGCGAGUUGCAAGCUGUCAAUUGGAAUACAAGUUCAUCGACGUUUAUACCGUUGACCGUCGGUCCGAGUCCAACUGCCCAACCGUCCAAUUCACCCUCUCCGUCGCUGCUUUCACGGCCGACUUCAGUGCAAAGCGAACGAGCGAUUCACUACGCCCAAUUGGAUCUGACACCAACAACUGGCCUGCGAUCGACGCCUAAAGAUGAUUUCGUGGACGAAAUUCCUAAAAGUCCACGCAUUCCCAGACCGACUUCAGUGUCGGCGGGCUUUGGAGCUGAUGUGACUACCUCUUACGCUCAAAUUGAUUUUAAGAAGAGCGAAGGCAUCAAGACGAGUAACCUCUCGUGAAAAAACGAUUUUAAAAAGCAGAAACAUCUGGAAAUGUAUUUUCAGAAUUUCUCCCCAGAUUAGUUGUCCUACUUGUCAAAAGAGGGCAAACUCGCAACUAGCCUCGGCCGUCAGCAACCGACCAUUUGUUUUUCUUUCUAAUUCUUCGGAUUUUUUCCUCCUUGUUUCAUUUUCUUUUGGUUUGUUUUCGCUUGUUUUUUUUUCUUUCACUCACGUAAACCCAGAUGUAGCCCAAUUUUUAAUCUUCCAGUAAUCGACUAGUCCUCGAUUUUGUGCAGUUCUAUCCCUCUAGCUUGUUUUAACUCGAGAUACGUACGUAUACAUAGGGCAAUGGCUAACCAAAUGCUUUUUAUAAAGUGUACCUAGCUAUAGAUUGUGGUGUACAUGUUUGAAGUAAUUUUCUUCUUAGUUUUUGUCGGGGGAAAGAGUAGUCUUUUAAUUUUGUGCGUGUUUGUGUGUUUUGUACAUGGCAAAAAUGGACGGUUUUUAACGAAAUUACGUCCUUCAUAUUUUAAUACAACAAUUGUGCAUUUUU